AUGAUUUUCAAAGUGGACUUUGAUAAGGCGUAUGAUUCAGUUUCUUGGGAGUAUUUGUUGAAAAUUAUGGAGUUUAUGGAUUUUGAUCAAAAAUGGAUAAGAUGGAUACAAGCUUGUUUGGAGUCUUCUCGUGCUGCUAUCCUUGUUAAUGGUAGCCCUACUAAGGAAUUCUCUCUUAAUCGAGGUCUCUGUCAGGAUGAUCCUUUAUCCCCUUUCUUAUUUAUUAUGGUGAUGGAAGGGUUAAAUAUUGCUAUGGAGGAUGCUACUAGUCAAGGGUUGUUUAAAGGUCUGGAAGUGGGUGACCCGGGAUACAACAUUUAUCAUAUUUUUUACGUAGAUGAUGCCAUUUUCUUGGGAGUUUGGAAUAAAGAUAACAUUGAGAAUUUGAUUACUAUUCUUAAUUGUUUUUAUUUGAUUUCGGGUCUUCGCAUUAACUUACAGAAACCAAAUUAUCCCCUUUCUUAUUUAUUAUGGUUAUGGAAGGGUUUAAUCAGAUCGGUGCUUGGGAGUUUGACAAUUUACUAUUUUUCGCUCUUCAAGGUGCCUUCAGCUGCGAUUAGAAUCCUUGAGAAUUUAAGGGCUUGUUUCUUCUAG